GUUUGGAUAAACUUCCAUUUACUAAAAUUUUAACUUAUGCAAAGUAAGCUAGUUUUGCUUUUUUUAAAAGCAUGUCAUAUUGCUUACGUUUGUGUUAUUUAAGUACAAGUUACAUUUGAUUUAAGGUAGAGUUUUGGGUAAUAUUUAAAAUAUAACGUCGCUAAUCUAAUAGAGAAAAUUUGUCAAAAAUAAAUAAUAAUACUGCAAAAAAAAAUAAUAAAAAAAAAAUAGCAAGAACAAUAAAUAAAGAGCAAAAAAUCUAUUGUAAAUAGUAUAUGACGAAAAUAAUUUCUAUAAUUAUCAAUAUGAUAACAUGUGUUAAAACGGAAUAUCACCUAUUAGUCUUUUACAAGUGUCGAAUUAUAGGCAUUGUCAUAUGCUUCGUAAUGUAACAACGUUGAAUUCCAUAUUUUUAACCAAAGUAAUUAAGAUCCGUAAGAUAUUAGGUACAAAUUGUCCCAUUUUAGAAUUUGAAUCCUAUUAUGGGAUAAAAAAAAAAAUUCUUUCACUUUCAUCCAGUCAAAAAUUCUAAUAAUGAGAAAAAUAAGGAUGAAAUUCAAAGAACAAAAGUCUUGCAUCUUCUUGCCUAUGAUUUUUUUGUUUUCUUUCUUUUACACCCCACUAAAAAAAUUCUUUUCAUUUCUUAUCUCGUCGUCCUUUGAUCUUCAAUCAAAAGAUUGAUAACAGGACGACGAGAGGGAAAUAAAGAAAAAGUAAGGAAAAAAUAUCAAUAAUCUUUCAAAGAAUUCAACUUCGUCACAUUCAUUUUAAUCAUUCAAAUUGAAUGUUAAAAUCAAAUUAUAUCUAAUAAAGAAGCAAUGACAGAAUCUAUCCAAUUACUACAAAUCAAUAUUAUUUCAGCUCGAGACCUAGCAACGGUAGCGAGAUCAAUGAACACUUAUGUUGUCGGGUGGGUUAACCCGAACCGAAAACUAAUAACCCGAGUUGACCACAAGGGAAAUAACUCCCCCGAAUGGAAUGAUAGGUUCAUCUUUCGGGUCUCACCAGAGUUCCUUGAAUCCAACACUUCAACAGUUGAGUUAGAAAUAUACUGCCAAACUUGGCUACGUGACACUCUUGUCGGGUUCGUUCGAGUAGCCGUGCCGAACCUACUCCCAACAGAUAGCCCAAACGGGCUAACCCGUCGAUCAGUCGCUCUCCAAAUUCGUCGUCCUUCGGGACGGCCUCAAGGUAUCCUUAAUGUCGUUGUCUCGGUCCUAGACGGGGCUAGGCGAAGCAUGCCAUUGUCCGGGAUUGGGACCACGGACAACAAGGGGAAUUACACAAUCUCACACAAACCAAAUCCAGAAGAUAGUAUCAUCUUACGUCGUGCAAAGAGUGAGCGCUCCUGGGCGGCAAUGGCCGACCAGGAGCCUCGUGCUGCUAAGUCCCCUUUUAAGGGUCAUGACCCGGGACCAGGCCCGGGUCAUGGACAAGGGCUGCGUUCAAGUAUAGGCGGGGGGUCAUCCAUCUGUAACUCUGAUGUAGGACCAUCAGCGUCGGUGGUGGCGGCGGCUGUGACAAAAGGGUUGUACAUGCCGCCAAAGCAAAGAGGUCGUGGCCGUGGACGUGGUCGUGGUCGUGGUAAGGAGAUAAUAACUACUAAUAAUGAUGAUGAUGGGAGCUCUAUUUUGCAAUGGGCAGAUGAACAAAGUGAGGACGGAAUAGUGACAAAGAUUGAGAGAUGGAAAAUGGAGAUGCAAAAGUCGUUGCACCGUGGCGGCGGAGGAAGAAAAGGCGGUGAUGGUGCAAGGAACAAACAUAAGCAUCGACGAUCAAAAACAGAAGGCGGGAGAUUAUUUAGGUGCUUUGGUAAGGCGUAUGGUUUUGAAUUUACAAUUGUUUGUGGAUCUAACAAUGGGAAUGAUAAACAAAAUAUCAAAAGUGGUAAGAAAAAGGUGCAUCAUAAUAAUCACAACACAUCGGAUGAUGAGAGUAACAGUCAAUCCUACAUUAUUGUAUGAUUUAUUUUGAACGGAUCGAUGGUCGUCAAUUGUGAUUAUUAUAAAGGUAGAGUGUAUAUGAUUUUUUUUAAACUCUCCUUUAAUUUUCUCCCCCACCCCUAAGAAUUCUUCUGUAUAAUUUUUUUAUUUUUUCCUUCACUUUUUGCUGUGUAAAUUCAUGUUUUUUUGGGUAAAUAGUUAAGUACUACGGAGUACCUAAUUUUUUUCAGCUUAGUCAUUAUUUGUUUUGACUUCAUUGACAUUUUAAUCUCUCAUCGUCUUUUGUAUAAAUGUUUGGUUUUUUUCCCGCCCUUCACUUUUCCCAUAUAAUUACUUUGUGUAAAUUCCCUUUUAGUUUUUUUUUUUUUUUUCUGUUUAAUAAUAUUAAUCACCAUUUAUUUUCACAUUAUUGACACAUCACGUUUCUACUAUGUUUUGAGAUUUUUAAGUUAUGGAAUUUGUAAUCAUGUUGAAUGUCAUUUAUUUUUCCAUUUAUUCUUUUCAAUCUGUUUUGUGUUUAAGUUGCACAUGUAGUAAUAGCCAGAGUGGAAAAAGAAAUGAAAAGAAAUAGAUAGUUAAUAAACAAGUGGUUUUUACACAACAUCAUUGGAAAAAUACUAUAAAAAUACAUGCAGUUCAAGAAAAUAUUAUUUUAUUUUCUUUUAUUUAUUAGUAUUAUAUUUUUGUUUUGGACGAGGUACACACAGGUCUUGGUUGAACACACCUAUCUCGUCAGGUAAACAAGUUCAACUCGUCAACAUUAGAAAGGCCAUAACCCCUAGCCAACUUGAAUCGUUGCUAAAACUAAUAUGAAUGAAAGGUUUUAUAUAUGUGAGUUUAGGGGUUGCAUUAAGAAAUGAUGAUGCACGGGCAACUCGUUGUUUUCGCAACAAAGAAGAUGAAUGUGCAUUGGGUAGUUGAGUAUGUUGAGGCUAAUCUUGCUAGACGCAACGUUAUAAUGUCUUAGAUCGAGAUUAAAUAUUGUGUAGGUGAUUGAGGCUAAGGAUUAUGCUCCUUUUUUCCUAUACUUAUUAGUGGAUAUUUGAAAAUUUCAAUCAGAUUGGCUUCUUUUUUGAUGAUAGUAUAUCCAACAAUGGGGAAAUAUUGUAGCAUAUAUUGUAGCUAGGAAAGAUAACUCGCCUUAUUUAUUUUGAGUUGAUGUGUACAAACUCAUCCCCAUAGCACUUUUGCAAUGGCGGAUUCUAAAAUAAGUUAAUAUAUUUCCAACAGGUAUUUCCUCUCAAUCAUGAAAUUAAUUUUCAAAUAUAUAUCUACUAGUGGUAUUUUAUUCACUUGCAUA